AUGAAAGCCACUCAUAAAACAAGCAAAGCCCAGCCAAGUGAGUAGCCUAGGUUCAGAUAUAUCUCCAGAAUUCAGCUGUAGUGUCUCAUGUUGGACCACACUGUCAAAUUGGCCCACUGAUGAUAAACAUGAAAUCUGGGAAAAAUCUAAAAUCAUUCUCUUUUUGUUUUAUUUCCUUUAUUAACAUUUUAAUCCGUUCUUGUACGCUAGUUGCCAUGAGCAGUGAGCUGAACGUGCCCAUGGGCUCCCCAGCCCCAGGGGGCUCUGAGCAGAUGACGGAGGGUGGAGGGAUGGACUACAGGGACUGGGUGCGCCGCAGCUACCUGGAGCUGGUCACCUCCAACCACCACUCUGUGCAGGCCCUGUCUUGGAGGAAGCUCUACUUGAGCCGGGCCAAACUGAAAGCCUCCAGCCGCACUUCUGCCCUGCUCUCUGGCUUCGCUAUGGUGAGUCACCCAACAGUUUUUCAGGGAUAAUAGCAGGGCUAAUCCCUUCAAAGUUGUUUUUAAGCUCAAUUUCCCUGGCAGUCUGUACGCUGUAUCCCGUAUCACUGGAGACAAACAUUUCUCUGAUAAACCUCUUGAGGAAAAACCUCACUCACUCCCAGGCUGCUAUUAAUAGCAUGUUAACCAGUCUGAAAAGCAGGUAGCAAGCCCUCUCACUGUGGACUGUGGUGGUGGACUGUGAUAGUGAUGGUGUUAUGUGUCGUGCUAGGUGGCCAUGGUGGAGGUCCAGCUGGAGAUGCAGUACAACUACCCGCGCAUGCUCCUUAUGGCCUUUAGCGUGUGCACUACGGUGCUGGUGGCUGUGCACCUGUUCGCCCUGCUCAUCAGCACAUGCAUCCUACCCAACGUGGAGGCAGUCAGCAAUAUCCACAACCUCAACUCAGUCAGCGAGUCACCCCACGAGCGCAUGCACCACUACAUCGAGCUGGCCUGGGGCUUCUCCACUGCCCUGGGCAUCCUGCUUUUCCUGGCCGAGGUGGUGCUGCUCUGCUGGAUCAAGUUCCUGCCUGUGGACUCUAGUUCCGCCAACCAGGUGGCGGUGGCUGCCGCCGAGCUGGCACUAUCCAAGCUGAACUGUAGCGGCCCCGCCGUGCCGCCCAAGCCCACCCCUCUCCAUGGGCAUAGUGGCUGGCAGGCAGCCCUGGCCUCCACCAUCAUCAUGGUGCCGGUGGGGGUGAUCUUUGUGGUAUUCACCAUCCACUUCUACCGCUCGCUGGUGAGCCACAAGACAGAGCGCCACCACAAGGAGAUCGAGGAACUGCACAAUAUUAAGGUGCAGCUGGACGGGUGCGAGAGAGGCCUACAGGCAGUGUGA